GCACAUUCUUGGGACCCAUGGCCCUGACCACUUGUUGCUGUCCUCUUAGGUGUGGAGGGGCCUGACCCUGACACAUAUUCGCCGGGGCUCCUUUAAUUAAUGACUCACCCACCCCUGGCCAAGCUCGAAUCUUGCUUCCCCCACCCCUCCGGCCUCAAGAAAUGCAACUGAGCCACCUGGAGUAAGCCCGAGUCCCAUCCCCAACAGCCAAAGACUGUCCGGCACCUUAAAAGCUGGAUUUGGUGCCAUGGAGGGACAGACCCCAGGAAGCAGGGGCCUUCCAGAAAAGCCUCACCCUGCCACGGCCACUGCCACUCUAUCCUCGAUGGGCGCUGUCUUCAUCCUCAUGAAGUCCGCGCUGGGAGCUGGCCUGCUCAACUUCCCCUGGGCCUUCUCCAAAGCAGGCGGAGUGGUCCCUGCCUUCCUGGUGGAGCUGGUCUCCUUGGUCUUCCUGAUCAGCGGGCUGGUCAUCCUGGGCUAUGCUGCUGCUGUCAGUGGCCAGGCCACCUACCAGGGUGUGGUCAGGGGGCUGUGUGGCCCCGCCAUCGGGAAGCUGUGUGAGGCCUGCUUCCUCGUCAACCUGCUCAUGAUCUCCGUGGCAUUCCUCAGGGUGAUCGGGGACCAGCUGGAGAAGCUGUGUGACUCCCUCCUGUCUGGCACCCCGCCCGCCCCGCAGCCGUGGUACACAGAGCAGCGCUUCACCCUGCCCCUGCUCUCCGCGCUGGUCAUCCUGCCCCUGUCUGCCCCGCGGGAGAUCGCCUUCCAGAAAUACACAAGCAUCCUAGGCACUGUGGCUGCCUGUUACCUGGCCCUGGUCAUCACCGUGCAGUACUACCUCUGGCCCCAGGGCCUCGUGCGUGAGUCCCGUCCUUCACUGAGCCCUGCCUCCUGGACCUCUGUGUUCAGUGUCUUCCCCACCAUCUGCUUCGGGUUUCAGUGUCACGAAGCUGCCGUCUCCAUCUACUGCAGCAUGCGCAAACGGAGCCUCUCCCACUGGGCCCUGGUCUCUGUGCUGUCCUUGCUGGCCUGCUGCCUCAUCUAUUCGCUGACGGGGGUUUAUGGCUUCCUGACCUUUGGGACAGAAGUUUCUGCUGACAUCUUGAUGUCCUAUCCAGGCAAUGACAUGGUCAUCAUUGUGGCCCGGGUCCUUUUUGCUGUCUCCAUCGUAACUGUCUACCCCAUCGUGCUCUUCCUGGGGAGGUCGGUGAUGCAGGACUUCUGGAGGAGGAGCUGCUUGGGGGGAUGGGGGCCCAGCGCCCUGGCCGACCCCUCAGGGCCGUGGGUCCGGAUGCCGCUGACCGUCCUGUGGGUCACCGUGACACUCGCCAUGGCGCUGUUUAUGCCCGACCUCAGUGAGAUCGUCAGCAUCAUCGGAGGCAUCAGUUCCUUCUUCAUCUUCAUCUUCCCAGGUUUGUGCCUCAUCUGUGCAAUGGGCGUCGAGCCUAUAGGACCAAGAGUCAAGUGCUGCCUGGAGGUCUGGGGAGUGGUGUCUGUGCUGGUCGGCACCUUCAUCUUUGGGCAGAGCACGGUGGCAGCGGUCUGGGAGAUGUUCUGAUGGGCAGCCAGUGCCGGGCAGGAAGGGGCCCUCCGGGGGCUGACCCCACGUGGCUGCUGUGUGCAGCCAGGAGACCGAUGUCAUUUCUUUUCAUCAUAAAGAUGCUGGAGAGGCUGA